UUUGAGUAGGCUGUCGGCCCAGACUUAGGUAUCUGAGGGCGAGACGCUCGGGGGUGGGGGGCCCUUUGUGAUGUCAGCACCCUGCCUACCACCCUCAACAGCCCCUGCACUCCCCACCAGUGGCCUUUCCUCCCAGUCCAGACAGGCAGCCAGAGUGGACCAUGGGUUCCCGCUGUGCCAAGCUCAGCACGGGCCACGCCCGGGGCCACGAAUCGUCCAUGAAGAAGCUGGUGGCCUGCGUGAGUCAGGAUAACUUCUCCUUGUCGUCGGAGGGCGAGGAAGAGGAGGAGGGAGAGGAAGAGGAAGAGGAAGAGGAAGAGGAAGAGGAGCUCCCUGUGCAGGGCAAGCUGUUGCUGAUGGAGCCCGAUCAGCAGGAGGAAGGCACCCAGAAUGACCUUGUGGCCCAGCAGAGCCCCGAGCCCAAGCAGACACACUCCUGACCCACGGCGACGACGACGACGGCCUGGGAAGAGGUGCCUGCACUGCUCCAGAGCGGACUU